AUGGCUGCCACGGACGUUGACGUUUUCUCGAAUGAAGAGAAGCGUAACCUGAGUUUGGGCGGACAUGUUGGAUUUGACAGCCUCCCUGACCAACUGGUCAGUAAAUCGGUCACACAGGGAUUUUGUUUUAACAUUCUCUGUGUAGGGGAGACUGGUAUCGGCAAGUCAACGUUAAUGAACACCCUCUUCAAUACCAUGUUCGAGAACGAAGAGGCGAGCCAUUAUCAGAACGGGGUCUAUCUGCGGCCGCGAACAUACGACCUGCAAGAAAGCAACGUCCACCUCAAACUGACGAUUGUUGACACGGUUGGCUUCGGUGAUCAGAUCAACAAAGAGGAUAGUUACAAGCCCAUCGUUGACUACAUUGACACUCAAUUUGAAAACUAUCUCCAGGAAGAGCUGAAGAUCAAACGCUCGCUGUUUAACUACCACGACACCAGGAUUCACAUCUGCCUUUAUUUCAUCGCCCCGACAGGACACUCCCUCAAGUCCCUGGAUCUUGUAACGAUGAAGAAAUUGGACAGCAAGGUCAAUAUAAUACCGAUAAUUGCAAAAGCUGACACAAUCUCCAAGAGUGAGCUCCAUAAAUUCAAAAUAAAGAUUAUGAGUGAGCUGGUGAGCAACGGUGUCCAGAUAUAUCAGUUUCCAACGGAUGAUGAAGCAGUCAGCGAGAUCAACGCCUCCAUGAACGCCCAUCUGCCGUUUGCUGUGGUUGGGAGCGUGGAAGAGGUCAAAGUGGGGAACAAAACCGUGAGGGCCAGACAGUACCCCUGGGGUGUCGUGCAAGUCGAGAACGAGAGUCACUGCGACUUUGUAAAACUCCGAGAGAUGCUGAUCAGGGUCAACAUGGAGGAUCUGAGGGAGCAGACCCACGCCCGCCACUAUGAACUGUACCGACGCUGUAAGCUGGAGGAGAUGGGCUUUAAGGAUACGGAUCCUGACAGCCAGCCAUUCAGUCUUCAAGAGACAUAUGAGGCCAAGAGGAAAGAGUUCUUGGGGGACCUGCAGCGUAAAGAGGAAGAAAUGCGACAAAUGUUUGUCAACAAAGUAAAAGAGACGGAAGCAGAACUGAAAGAAAAGGAGAGAGAGCUGCACGACAAGUUCGAGCAGCUGAAGCGGAUGCACCAGGAGGAGAAGAGGAAGGUGGAGGAGAAGCGGAGAGACCUGGAGGAGGAGAUGAACGCCUUCAAUAGGAAGAAGGUGGCAGCCGAGACGCUCUCCUUAUCCCAGCCCCUCAAGAAAGACAAGGACAAGAAAAAUUAAUUUAUGGGCGCUGUAUACCCUCCCACACACGACCAUGGAUUUGUCCUCCAUCACCAUACAACGACAACACCUGUUUAUUUUGUCUGUUUGUUUGUUUUUUUGUUUUGACAUUCCAUCUUGACAUUGUGCACAUGGACCAAAGACACUGAGGAUGAUGGUGAUGAUGAUGAUGAUGAUGAUGGUGAUGAAGCCACAGGGGAGAAAAGAGGGAAAGAUGGUGAGAGAUAAAGAGGAAAUUGCCAACAGUGGCCAUCUCAUUUGUUCAGGAUCUUUCAUUCUCUGUUUUUUGUUGUUUUGUUGUUUUUUUGGACACUUUUUAUAUAUAUGCAUUUUGUUUUUCUAUGUUGUGAUUUAAAGAUUUUUUUGCCAUCAACUAUUCACACAGAAACGAGAAGCCCUUCAAACCUUUUGGGUACUACAGUGUAACACAGCGGGCAAGUCAUUUGAAACCAUUCAAGAUGUAUUUAAAAAAAUAUAUAAUUAUGAUGAGCUAGAUUUUAUAGGACUGACAUUCAAAUUAAUAAUUGAAGAUAUCAUGAAACAAAGCCUUUCCUUAAGUAUUUUUAAAUACACGAGCUGUUUGAAAUGUUGUCCAGUUGUGGUAUGUCUGUUAACCUUUCUAUAAUCUUUAGAAUUUAUAUUAAGUACAGUUCACAGUAGAAUAAAUCCUGUAUCAAAUGAGCCCAAAUAAUACAUUUAAAUAGCAUUAUGUCAAGCAAUAAAACUGAGUACCUGUAUACUGUGUAUAUAUCACUGCAUAUACAUAGGUACUGACAACUUCAAACUUAGUCUUAAGUCUUAAUAAAAACGUAUGCAAUA